AUGGCCAUUCCUCGCACCAUCAGUAUUGCAGACGAGUGCCUGGCCGUGCAACAUCCCUGCUCUCGACGAAUGCAAAGAGCCGAGCCGACGUGCACUGGAAAUACGUUGAGAGAAACACCUGAUCAGCGGAGGGACUUGGCUCGGAGUCGGAGUGUAGGUAAGAGUACCCACUUUGUUCACCAAUUUUUAAAAUUGAAAUUAUGUCUUAAUAUAUUUUCCUUUUUAUUCCAGUCAUUUCAGGGCAGUCAAGGCAGAGCGUACCUAUUCAAUUCUGUGGUGAAUGUAGGAUGUGGGCCUGCGGAGGAACGGGUACUGUUAACCGGCCUCCAUGCAGUGGCAGAUAUAUACUGUGAAUGUUGUAAAACAACUCUAGGUUGGAAAUAUGAACAUGCAUUUGAAUCGAGUCAGAAGUACAAGGAGGGGAAGUACAUCAUCGAACUGGCACAUAUGAUCAAAGAUAAUGGGUGGGACUGAGAGUGGGCCCCCUGUGGGCACAAGAUCCUUGGUGUGCAGCUGUGACCAAGCAGUGAUUUCCAGCCUAAUGCUCUGGUCUCCUAAGGCCCCUGCUUACUCAUGAUGUGCCCUAGGAUGUUGAUGGAGACCACAGGCUGGACCAAUGAAUUAUAUAUUACUGCUUCCCUAUAUGUCUUAGGUUGGCCAGCUGUGCACAACUUACUCUUGAGCAGUGAUCUCAGCCAGUAAAUGAUGCCAGGGUGUGCUGCAGUGAACUUUUAUGAUCAGGGAAAUUUUUACAGGUGCAAUGCACAGAAAAUCUUGACCUACAGUGAUUAUAGGCAAUUGAUGUAUCUUAUCUGAAAAUUACACUUCCUUGGAUGCCAAAAAGUGCUGAACUUAUACAAGCAAAUGUGAUAAGUGACAUAUAAUAUAAAGGUGAACACAAGAGCAGCACACCCUGAUAGUACCUGGCCAUCAUCACCAGCAUCACAAUCAUCCUACUUUCACAUCAUCUUUUGACUGUCCCAACAAGCCAGUCACGAGUCAGUCAGCCAGCUAGCUCUCGUCCAGUCUCAUGGCCUGUCUGUGAUGGGCUUUGCCCACAAGCAAAUUUCAAUUUGUUGUGUAGUAAAUGUAAAACUAACCAUCCCACCCAGCCAGUUGCAAGCCAGUUAGACAGAUUGUUGUAUUAGGUCUUUCUUCUGGUGAACAGUAAAAUGUUUUAAUAAUGUAUUGUCUACCAUCAUAUGCAAAGGGACCAUAGUGUGAAUUAAUCUGCUGCAGCAGGUUUAUUCGGACACAGAGUGUACAGCAUUGCCCAGAGCUCAGUUAUGACAGACACUAUUGCUGCAGUGUGCUUUCCAUGUGUAAUUAUUUGACCAACUGGGUACAAGAGGACACCCAAUAUCCCAUAUCUUGCAAAAAUAAGGACCAUUUGUCAUAAAAAGGAACAUUGUGCUGGAAAACAGCUUUUAAAAAUGGUAGAGGCUUUAUUCAUUUUACAAAGCACACAAUUUGAUCAUAUAAUAAAUUGUCUUGUCCAUAUUGUGUUAGCACAGGUCACGUGCAGAAUAAUGAUAGUGUUCCCACUGUGAUCUUUUGCAUCUUGGAAGCCUGAGAAAUACAGGCAACCUGUGAUGAUGUGUCUUACUCAUUGCCACACUGUGUGAUUGGACAAUAUUGUAGUUGAUUUUGACUUGAUCUGUACUGUGUAUUACAUUCUAAAAUUUGAUGUUCCCAACAACUGGACAAGUUAGUUGACUUACUGCUUGCAUUUUUGUUCCUCUGCAUCUUAUCGAUUUCCAUGAAAUUGGCAAGAUGAAAUUAUUAUUUGAAGACAUUCACUAAAAAGAAAAAGUUGCAGUCUAUCAGUUGCAUUCAGCAUGACUGACACUUGGUACAGUAUCUGAAAUGUCAGCAGUACUUCAAACCAUUAAUGUUCUCAUUUAGAGCUGAGAGGAUCUAGAAUUAUUGUUAUUUUUUUUAUAAUAUUAGCUAAUAUUCAUUAAUGAUAUGGUUUUGUCAAAGCUUAUAUAACAAAGCUCAAGAGAAACUUGAUAUGAAAUUAAAUUUUACUUUUCUUGCAUCACAAAAAUUACAUCACGGUCCAUAGGCAACGUAUGAAAAAAUGUGUUGGUCUUGGAGGAGGAGAACAUGUCUGUUGUUAAAGGUCAAUUGAAUAUCAUUCUUCAUUGAGUAGGUCUGCUUGGCUGCUUUUUGGCUUGAUGGUGGAACACUGAACAUAGCUUUAAUCAUCUGUAGUUAAGACUUCAACCAAGUACCUAUUGGCUAGCCUUAUCACAUUCAUUAAAUGACAUAAAUCGGUUUAUAUAGCAUGUUGAUGUAUAUUGCCAUAAAGUAUUUGGGAUAGACUUCCCAUGCUAGUUGUGGGAAUAAGAAGAUAGUCAAUGCUUUUCCGUUGAGGAUGGUGGGUUAUCUGCGAAGGGAAACUCUUUGCAGGGUAGUUGGUCUGGAUUGUGCAAUUAUAGAGGGAUCUGGGAUACCAGUCACUGCAUGUGGGGAUUUAAAACUUCAAUGGUUUGGUUCAUGUCUCUAUGCUCAGGUAGAUAGAGAAGCACCCUUGACUUAUACUUCUUAAUUCUUAGUUAUGGAGUAUUAUAUUUUAUUCACUGACUAGAAAAAAAAAAAACUUUUUUUUCUAAACUCACAAACUUAUCUUCAAUUCUGUCAAGUUAUCUGUGUGUGUAUAACUGGCAUCUGUGCCUACUUCAACUAUCUCCACUAUGUCAGCAUAUUCAUCUUUGUCUUAGUUGCUCAUGGCACCAAACAACUUUCUAUAAAUUUUUGAAGUACAUCUUUCACUUGAAAGAGGACUUCUUCCCCAAGCUUACUGAUAUUCAACCUUAAUAAGGAAGAGGGUUAAUCAUUGUUAUGUGUAAUUACACUUUUCUUUUAAUCUGUAU